UGCCCAAUAUCAUAAUUUCGCCAUCUGACUUGAGAAAUGCACUUGUUGGAUGCGGUUGCAGUCUUUUGAAUCUGACAUUUAAGUUGCAUCAGAAAUAAGUUAGCAUUUACCAUUUAGUCAUGCAGUUUGUCAUACAAACAGUUCCUGUGCAGCAGUUAAAUCAGAUAUAAGGGACGUUUUUGCAUUAGGCUCCACUUUUAAAGACAAAACCAAUUCUCAUGCACAAGAAUGGCUAAAAACGGUUCGUCUGUCAUGCAAACAUGUUGACUUAAUUUAGUCAAGGGUUCAAUGCCGUUUAUUUUGUCACAGAUGUUUACUCUUUUACCACAGCACUGUGUGUUCAUUGGUGAAACCCUUGAAACACACGAAAUGUGAUCUACUGCUCUUUUUCUUCAGGAAAUGCAUUUUUCUGUAUCAUCUAGUAAAUCUGAAAUCCUUCACCCGAUGUAAUAAGCACACUGAUCAGUUUAGCCUGAUGCUUACAGUUAAAAAGCAAAAAUGGCACAGAAUAAAACAUGUUUUGUAGUCUGACUCACAUCCAAAGUAAUUAAAAUGCUGAGCUCUUUUUUUUUUAGAAACUCGUUUCUAUAAAUAAAGCACUGUGGAAUGCUGUUUGGGAACAAACCUGUUUGCUUAGUACUGUUUGUCUGAGACGGAUAUUGCGUCAACAUCCUCAAGUUACAGACGUGACUCAGUAUUGAUCGUCUUGAAACGUACACGUUCAUGGUCUUUAUUUUCACAACUUUGCGCAUUCUGUAAUAAAAACAUUCAAAAUGAUUUAAUAACACAAAUGGAAAUUAAGGGGAAAGGGUUUGCAUGGCAUCAAAUAAUGUUAAAUAAAUCAAAAGUUAAUUUCACAGACAUUAAUCCUAAUCUAAUGCAUUCCAAGUCAAAAGCUGGUGAUUAUUUGAGAAAGAGCUGCACACUCACACACUGAUGCAGGGCGGCCAAUCAGAGUCUUCCCCUGUUGAUAAGGCCCCACCCAAAGCACAGAAAAUGGUAUAAAAGCCCCACACUGCAAGUCACUGUAUGUUUCAGUUCAAUGGAAAAUGAUGGAUAGACUGGCAAAAAUGAAAAAGUCAACGCAAGAUUCGAGCAAGGAGCGUUUGAUCUACUUCAGGAACCCUGAUACGACUACAGAGCAGAACGAAAUGAAACAAACAAACUGGAGAUCGAGAAUGUUUUUUAAGACUUUUCCUGUGAGAGAAUCACGCCAUACAAUGCCACAGAUAAAAUCAUACGGGCCAACUACUGUAGAAGUUACUCGAUGGGCUCAGUCUCUGGACAACUUGCUGAGUAGCAAAUGUGGAUUAACUGCUUUGCGACUGUUCAUGAAGUCUGAACACAGCGAGGAGAACAUCGAGUUCUGGAUGGCUUGUGAAGAGUUCAGAAAGAUCAGGUCCAGAUCAAAACUCAAAUCCAGGGCAAAAACCAUAUACGAUGAAUUCAUCAGGCCAGAUUCUCCAAAAGAGAUCAACCUGGACUUCUACACAAGAGAGUCUCUUCACCAAAGCCUUCUGAUCCCAACGCAGUGGAGUUUCAAAGCAGCCCAAAACCGAGUUUACUUCCUGAUGGAGCACAACUCGUACCCUCGGUUCCUGGACUCUGAACUCUAUCAGAAGCUCUGCAGGAUUGCUGCAGGAGAGCGAUAAUGUGUUCAGUCGCUGUAUUUCAACAGAUGGCCGGUCCGUUUUAGAAUGCUGUGCAUCCAGUGUUUCAUGUUCUCUGUAGUGAUAGUGCUACUGUGAUUUCAGUGUAUUUAAAUAUUGCAUAUUUUGCACAGAUUUGUAAAUAGUUAAGACGAAUGUCUGGCAUUGGUAUUGAAUGUUCACAUAUGUGAACCUGGAGCACAAAACCAGUCUUAAGUCGCUCUGUAUAUUUAUUAGCAGUAGCCAAAAAAAAAAUAUCGCAUGGAUCAAAAUGAUCGAUUUUUCUUUUAAGCCACAAAUCAUUAGGAUAUUAAGUAAAGAUCAUGUUAAAUGAGGAUAUUUUGUAAAUUUCCUACUGUUAAUAUAUCAGUAUAUCAAAACUUAAAAAUUAGUAAUGUGAAUUGCGAAGAACUUCAUUUGGACAACUUCAAAGGGGAUUUUCUCAGUAUUUCGUUUUGUUUCCAACCUCAGAUUCCAGAUUUUUAAAUAGUUGUAUCUCGUCCACACAUUGUCUGAUCCUAAUAAACCAUACCUCAAUGGAAAUCUUAUUAAUUCAGAUGAUGUAUAAAUCUUAAUAUCGAAAAAUUGACACUUAAGGUUUUGUGGUCCAGGGUCAAAUAUAUAUUAUGUUUUGGUGUUUACUUGUAGGUCUUUUUUAUAAUUUUUUUUGCUUUUCAAUGCAAUAAUGAAUAAUUUUUUGGAUUAAAUAUUUUUUUAAUUGUCAUUCCAGUACUUUCUGGAGUUUUGGGGGCACUGCGAAUAAAACAAAAUGUAAGCAAAAGGUGUAUAAAUGUUAAGCGGCUGACAAUGGAUUUGUAUUUUAUUUUUACCAGCAUUGGUUAAUAUUGAAUAUUUAAUUAUUCAUGCUUAUUUCCCCAUGUUUUUUUUUUUUUUUUACCUUUGCUAUCAUCUAACCGUUUCUGAAAGUUAAUCUCUAAAAACACCAAUUACAAUAAUAAUAACACAAAUUUUUGGAUUGAAUAAUAUUCAUUAGUCCUUCCAUUAUACUGUAAAUAAUAAUUGUAAAUACUGUAAAUAAAAGAUUAUUGGAUUAAGUAUUA